UGGUUGUUGAGGUGUCGCCAGAGCCCCAGGACACUAAACCAAGCCUUUCCUUUAAAACUUGUUGCAAGUCUAACCUCCUUGACAGCCUGUGCUUGAAAUCCUGAAGGAAUUGGACGAAUAUUACGAGAAAUUUAAACGAGAGACAGAUGGUGCCCAGAAACGCCGAGUGUUACACUGCAUCCAGAGAGCCCUGAUUCGGAGCCAGGAACUGGGCGAUGAGAAGAUUCAGAUUGUGAGUCAGAUGGUGGAGCUGGUGGAGAACCGGACCAGACAAGUGGAUAGUCAUGUGGAACUCUUUGAAACACAUCAGGAAAUCAAUGACACCACUGGCAACAGUGGCAAAGCUGGCCAAGAUAAGUCAAAGAAUGAGACAAUCACGCAGGCAGAAAAGCCAAAUAACAAACGUUCCCGGAGGCAGCGCAACAAUGAGAAUCGAGAAAAUGCAUCUAAUAAUCAUGACCAUGAUGACAUCACCUCAGGAACACCCAAGGAGAAGAAAGCAAAGACCUCGAAGAAGAAAAAACGCUCUAAGGCCAAAGCAGAGAGGGAAGCAUCCCCUGCAGACCUUCCCAUCGACCCAAAUGAGCCCACGUACUGUCUGUGCAAUCAGGUCUCCUAUGGAGAAAUGAUAGGUUGCGACAAUGACGAGUGCCCUAUCGAAUGGUUCCACUUCUCAUGCGUGGGACUCAAUCAUAAACCAAAGGGCAAGUGGUACUGUCCCAAGUGUCGGGGGGAAAAUGAGAAAACCAUGGACAAAGCAUUGGAGAAGUCCAAAAAAGAGAGAGCCUAUAACAGGUAGUUUGUGGACAUUCACUAGUAGUGGGGAAAACAGAACCAGCUAGUGUAUUUAUUACAUUGCCACCUGUGCUGAGGUGUGAGGGUUGUCAAAUGUGUAUUUUCAAGGAAUGUUGGAGAAGGCACCGUUCCCUUCACAGGGAUGGCAGUGACUCUCUCCACCUUUUGUUCUCACUGGUAUAUGUGUGUAAGAAGACAGUGGUCUGUGGAUCAGCAUUUUAGGAACUACAAAUAUAGGUUUCAAUUAAACACUUACGUGAGUCUCAGACUGAUUUUUUUUUUUCUUUUGUGUGUGGGGGGAUGACUUGGAAGCAACCUAAUACAUUGUGAUAAGAAAAGAUUUAUCUAUUUUAUUUUAAUAAAAAAUAAUGUUACACAUUAUGAACAUUUUUUUAAUUAGCUGGGUUGCUAAAAUACAGCCUAUGGCACAUUUGUUUCUUGUACCAUAAUGUACAUCCAUAUAACAAUUCAAUAACAAAGGUUCAAAGUUGGAAGAUUAAUUUUAAGAAGGUACAUGGUCAGUGGAAAAGUGCUCAACAAGCCCCAGACCUUGGGUUUAUCCCCAGCUCUGCAAAAACAGGUAAAGGGUUAAGUUUUACGUGGCAAAUAUUUUAUAUACUGGCCUGUUCCCACAAUGGCCAUUUUUAAAUGAUUGGGUUCAUUUUUAUUAUGAACCCAAAAGAAGUGGUCUAGUGAUAGAAUUUAAAUCACGCUUUUGCUAUCAUAGAUCAUAGUGUGGUCAUCUUUAACUUAUGUCAAGUGUAUAAAUGUACAUUUCCCAGAGAUCUUGCUCUUGCUGUAUUAUAAUUGGAAGCACAGCCUGAUGUUGUUGUAAAACCAAGGUAUGCUUCCUGUUGUGUGUGUGAGUUGUACAGGUGUGAUGUCAAGAAUAAAUGAAACUUGGCCAGUUUGUUUCUCUAGCAGUAUAUUUAAUUUUAGCCUAAGUACUUUUUAAAUUUUGUCUUAAAAAUUUAUACACCAGCAGUUUAGACAAAGCCUUAAGCAAAUUGUGUAUUAACUGUCCUCAAUAUUGAAGUAGAAGUUACCUAAUUGCCAGCAGAUAAAUUCAUGUCAAAGAAGAAUAUAUAUUUAGACAGAGAUCAGGAAAUUGCACCCAUCAAAUCCAGCCCACCACCUGUUUUUAUAUGACCUGUGAACUACAAAUGGUCUUUAUGUUUUUAAAUGGUUAAAAAAGAUAUUUCAUGAAUACAUGAAAAUUAUAUGAAAUUUGAAUUUUAGUGUCUAUAAAUAAAGUUUCACUGGAACAC